AUGAUUCCCAACCCCUACAAAACGAGGAAGUCACAAACAAGACUCCCGCAACACACAUUCCCCUCUCCCCUGUUUUGCGAUGAUCUCUCAUCCCCUCCUUCCCCUCUCAUCCCCUCCUCCCCCUCUCAUCCCUCCAUCUACUCUCACAUUCCGUCCCCCCCUCACUCAUCCCUUCCUCUCCUUUCUCAUUCCCUCCCCUCCUCUUUCAUCCCUUAUCAUCCCCCUCUCUCCUCUCAGGACCAUGUCCUCCUCCCUCUCAUCCCUCCCUCUCCACUAUCAUCUCGUCCUCCCCUCUCUCAUCCCUCCAUCUCCUCUCUCAUCCCUCCCGUCCUUCUCUCCUCCCGUCCCCCACUUACUCAUCCCUCCUCCUUUCCCAUCCCGGACUCUCCUCUCUCAUCCCUCGCUCUCAUCUCUCAUCUCUCAUCCCUCACUCUUAUCUCUCAUCCCUCACUCUCAUCUCUCAUCCCGUCCUCUCCCUCUCAUCCGUCCAUCUUUCGUCCCUUCCUCCGCUCUCACGUCGUCUCCUCCCCUCUUUCAUCCCGUCCACCCCUCUCUCCUCCCGUCCUCUCCUCACUCCUCCCGUCCUCUCCUCUCUCCUCCCGUCCUCUCCUCUCCCAUCUCGUCCUCCCCUCUCUCAUCCCUCCCUCUCCACUCUCAUCCCGUCAUACCCUCUCUCAUCCCUUGCCACGCCACGCUGUAAAUUCCCAAACGCCGCUUCAUCGCCGCCUCGCCACCCCGCUAAUGCAAUCGCCUCCACAUCACUGCCACGACGAUGCGCCUCCUCAACGGCUUGCAGCCUCCAGGUCGCGCCUCAUCGCCUACGCCUCCACCGCCACCUCGUUACCUCCAAGGACGAAACCCGAUCCCUUUUCCAUUCCCAUCUCUCCCAAGGUCGCAACUCCCUUUUCCCCCAAGUCGCACUUCCCCUUUCCCCCAAGUCGCACUUCCCCUUUCCCCCAAGUCGCACCUCCCCUUCCGAGCAAAGUCGCACCGCCACUUUCCCCCAAGUCGCACUUCCCCUUUCACCCGGCUCGCACUUCAACUUCCCCACAGGGCGCUCCUCCCCUUUACCCCAGGGCGCACUUCCUCUUCCCUCAGGUCGCCAUUCAAACCCCCCCCCAGGUUGCUCCUCCCUGUCCCCCAGGUCGCUCCCCCCCUUUCCCCCAGGUCACACUGAGAGAGGGAAAAGGGGGUUGA